UGAGAACCAACAGUUCACAACCAACCCAAACAGCCAACAUGUUCAAAUACUUCGCUCUGUGCCUGUUCGCCAUCGUGGCCUGCGUGUCUGCCAAGCCGGCGGUGCUCGCUUCUCCUCUGGCCUACAGCGCCUACUCCGCUCCCUAUGUGGCCGCAGCUCCUUACUCGGCAGCCUACACCGCGGCAUACACCGCUCCAGUGGCCGCCGCCUACUCCGCCUACUCGUACCCCUAUGCGUCCGCCUACUCCGCCUACCCCUAUGCCGCCUACUACCGUUAAGACUGGAUGAAUGCAUCGUGAUCUUAACCUGACUGCUGAACUGGACCUGAAUAUAUACAUAUACAUAGCUAUUGCAACAAGGAUACGCACCUUCCUGCUAACCACCUGCAACAUCCAAUCUUCUUACAUCCCUGGUGUUAGUUCGGCAGACUCUACAUUUCCCCACCUCUGCCGACUGCUGAAAGUUAAGUCAUGGGAACAGGACAUACCACUUAAAGAAAGGAAAUAUUUUUGUUGAAAUAAAUACUGCAUUUUGCGUAAAACGUA